CAACCAAUAAAAAAGCCCCCUCAAAAAAAAAAAAAAAAAAAAAGCCACAAAUCUCUACAAAAAAUAACAUAAUAUAAAAUGAAAAAGUGCCACGUCAGACCCUAAUAGUGUCAGCAAAGUCAGCAAAUAAAAAGCGAGUUUUGCUUCUUUCGAAGCUCGCCUCCGCCUCUCAAAAUAUCCCAAAUUCUCUCUCUCUAACCUUCUUCUCUUCUCCGUUGGAGACCCCAAAACCCUCGGAGAAUCUGAGGGAAAAACACCAUGGAUAAUAGGCAUCAACAUCCUACAGUCAUGCAAAAGGUAGCUGGCCAAUUCCUUAGCAAUUCUAGCAUUUCGCGGGAUGCUAAGAGCUAUGAUGUUGGUUUCCAACGCCCUGCUGUGUAUCAAAGGCCGGCUGCAUAUGGAAAUUAUCGUAAUGCUGCAUUGCAGUACCAGUGCAAAGCUACUACUGAUCUGUCCAUGGUUCCAUCAGCUGCUUCCCCUAUCUUUGUUCAAGCCCCGGCAGAGAAGGGACAUUUUAUGAUUGAUUUUCUUAUGGGUGGAGUUUCUGCUGCUGUGUCCAAGACAGCUGCUGCCCCAAUUGAGCGUGUUAAACUUCUGAUUCAGAACCAGGACGAGAUGAUUAAAUCUGGCCGUCUCUCGCAACCCUACAAGGGUAUUGGUGAGUGCUUCAGCCGAACCAUCAAGGAAGAGGGAUUUGGUUCAUUGUGGAGAGGGAACACAGCUAACGUUAUUCGUUACUUCCCUACUCAGGCCCUGAACUUUGCCUUUAAGGAUUACUUCAAGAGGCUUUUCAAUUUCAAGAAAGACAGGGAUGGUUAUUGGAAGUGGUUUGCUGGAAACUUGGGAUCUGGAGGAGCCGCUGGUGCUUCUUCCCUUCUUUUCGUCUACUCCCUGGACUAUGCUCGUACUCGUCUUGCUAAUGAUGCCAAGGCUGCCAAGAAGGGAGGCGAAAGACAAUUCAAUGGUCUAGUUGAUGUCUACAAGAAGACUUUGAAGACUGAUGGUCUUGCUGGUCUCUACCGUGGAUUCAACAUUUCUUGUGUCGGUAUCAUUGUGUACCGUGGUCUUUACUUUGGAUUGUACGACUCUCUGAAGCCAGUCCUCCUUACCGGAGACAUGCAGGAUAGUUUCUUUGCUAGCUUUGCCCUCGGUUGGCUCAUCACCAACGGUGCCGGUCUUGCUUCAUACCCAAUUGACACUGUUCGUAGAAGAAUGAUGAUGACAUCUGGUGAAGCCGUCAAGUACAAGAGCUCGUUCGAUGCAUUCACCCAAAUCUUGAAGAACGAGGGUGCCAAGUCUCUGUUCAAGGGUGCUGGUGCUAACAUCCUUCGUGCUAUCGCUGGUGCUGGUGUGCUCUCUGGUUACGACAAAUUGCAGCUGGUCGUGUUCGGAAAGAAGUACGGAUCUGGCGGCGGCUAAUUUUAGUUACACUCCCAUUCGGUUUGAGGAGGUGAAGGGUAGAUGGUGAUGAAAUCUUUUUCGAGUUCUGAUAAACUUGUUUCGGCAAAAUUUUCAGUCAAUAAUUACUUGGAGGGAAGGUGUACAACUCUCCCCCAUCAAAUUCAAUAAUUUUAUUUUUGGAUUAAAAAUUUUAUUAACUGCAGGUUAAGUUCUAUUAGAGUGGUGGUGAAAUGCCAUUGACAGACAGUUUGGAGUUUUAAUUAUGAAAUUUUUGGAAUGUUUUUGAUUAUAUUAGUUAAUGUCUGAAUUCAUAAUUCUAUUA